AUGUCCCUCUCCCGAUCACCCUCUCCCCACCCGGGCGGAGGGUGGUCCAGUCCGGGCUUAACACCCGGCAGCGGAACCUCCACUCCGCGCGGUUACUCGCCCUCGAACUUGACACCGAGUGGGAUCUCCUGGGCUGUUGCAAAGGCCAAAAGCGACGAAGUACGCGGAUACCCGUCCUUCGCGACGCGAAAUAGUGGCUUCUUCUCCAGACAAAAACAUAAGCUCUCGGCCCGAUUACCCAGUUUCAGAGGCUCUGGGUACGUGGAUAAGGAUGCAUAUGGUCACGCGCAAUGGAAUCCCAGUACCGGUGGACGAGGCAUUCUAGGCGUUGCGGGGAACUUUCUACGACGUGGAAGGGGUCGCGUAUUAGCGGUACUGGCUUUGGUUUGGAUUGGGUACCUUUUACUUUGGUCUACAUUGGUUUGGACAUAUCGAAGAUCUCCGCUGGGUGGAGGUCGGAAAGUGGUGAUUAUCCUGGGCUCGAAUACCGAGGGUGGUGUUAUGGAGUGGAAGGGCGCGCGCGAAUGGGCAAUUGAGCGCAAUAGUAUCUGGAAUAAGGAGCGCUAUGCCAACAAGUGGGGGUAUGAGCUUGAGGUUGCCAACAUGCUGGCUAAGAAGCGAUAUUCACAUGAGUGGCGCGAAAGCUGGGAGAAGGGCGAUGUGAUCCGUGAGGCCAUGCGAAAGUACCCGAACGCGGAAUGGUUCUGGUGGCUUGAUCUGAAUACAUGGGUGAUGGAAUACGGGUCCUCAUUGCAAGAUUAUCUCUUGAAUGAUCUCGACUCGCAUGUCUAUCGCGACAUUAACGACUACAACCCGCUCAAUAUUACUCACCCACUGCCUGAGUUCUACCUCGAUGAAUUAGGCCGCUCGCGGGAGGGUGACAGGGAUCCAAGCUCAUUGAAUAUGCUUCUCACACAGGACUGUGGAGGGUUCAAUCUGGGCUCGUUCUUGGUUCGACGGUCUGCCUGGACCGAUCGACUCUUGGAUGCUUGGUGGGAUCCUGUUAUGUACGAGCAGAUGCACAUGAACUGGGAACACAAGGAGCAGAAUGCGCUGGAAUACAUAUACCAGAGUCAGCCCUGGAUUCGCAGUAGCAUUGGCUUCUUACCUCAGCGCAUGAUUAACGCGUUCCCGCCUGGUGCGUGUGGCGAUGAGAUCAAUCCUAACAUCCACUAUCAAGAGAAAGACCAUGAUCUUGUGGUCAAUAUGGCGGGAUGCUCGUUUGGUCGUGAUUGCUGGGCGGAGAUCUACUUCUACCGAGCAAUCAGCAAUCGGUUGAACCGAAAUUUAUGGGGAUCCUUUAAGGACACGCUGAGCGGAGCUUAUGACAGGGUAUUCUCACGAAGUUGA